AUGUCUUCUCGAAAACGGAAGAGCCGCCAGAACAAGUCGAGUCACCAUGGAUCACAUUUGGCUGCAACGUCUGAUAUCUCUCCAUCAGCUAACCAGCUCUUCAUCCAAGCGUAUGAAGCAGACAUAAUACGAGGUUCCCGCGCGAAAUCCGCUGCUGAAUCUUUACAACUAGACCAUGCGAUAGGCGACGGUCUGAUACGCUUGGGUGAACCUGGGAAUGAUGCAGAUGAAUCCGAAAGUCUAUGGGUGGACAGAUACGAUGCUCGCUUGCUUCUAUAUGAUAUCGAUGCUGAACGUGCAGGACGUUCUAGUCUUCCGGAGUCACCCGGCGGGUGGUCUGAUCUACCUUCAGACACGGAAGACACCUUUUUCUUUUCUCCCGAAGAAGCGGAUGACUACCAUCGGGAGAAGAAGAGGCGCCUCAAUGAUGAAGUCAGAGAGGAGCGAUUACGUGCGCGCCUCGCUGAAGAAGAGGAUGAACGAUGGGGAGGUAGCGACGAGGAGCCCGAAGAAUCCGUGAAAGAGGUCAUGCGUAGGACAGCAAAGCUCAUUUUAUCAGCAGCAAACCCAACUCAGAUGGAAAUGAAGGUCCUAGUUGAUUUCGGUGACAAACAGCCAGCUUUUGCGUUCAUGAAAGGCCGGUGGAGUAGAGUGUGGAAGACUGUCAAAGCGGCCACACGAUUGCAGUUGGCAGAGGAAGAAACACGGAGGAAUGCCAGUACCGGCCUGGGCGGGCUUGCAGAUUAUGGAGACAGUGAUGCUGAAAGCUCGGACGCCGGAUAA